GGUAAGUAUCAAACCAGCCGUGGUAAGUAUCAAACCAGUAUUAGUAAGUAUCAACCGAGUCGUGGUAAGUAUCAAGCUAGAAAUGGUAAGUAUCAAACCAGUAUUGGUAAGUAUCAACCCAGUCGUGGUAAGUAUCAAGCUAGUAAUGGUAAGUAUCAAACCAGUAUUGGUAAGUAUCAAACCAGUCGUAGUAAGUAUCAAACUAGAAAUGGAAAGUAUCAAACCAUUAUUGGUAAGUAUCAAACUAGUAUUCUUAAGUAUCAGACUUGUAGUGGUAUGUAUCAUGAUAUUAUUUGUAUGGUGUCAGACUAG